UACAUAUAUAUGUCUUCACCUCGUUUGGAACACGGGCCAGCGAGUUCUUUAUUGUUUGUUUAUUUUUCUUAUCGCUCCCUCCCAUGGUCCUCUUUAAGGUGAUGCAGUGUUGCAGAGAGAUGAAGGAUUAGAUGCUGAGCAUCCAAUAGUAGAAGACAAACACUAGACAAUGGAGGUAACUGAAUGUACAAAGAUUCUACUUAAUCGAAUCCAAGAUCUCGAGCCGGAGAAUGCCACCAAGAUCAUUGGCUACCUUCUUUUGAAGCAUACACAUCAAGAAAUGAUGGAGUACGCCUUUGGACCUGAUAAAAGAAUUCUUUCUCUGAUUAAUGAGGCCAAAGCUUAUCUCUCUUCAUCUCCUAGACCCAACACUUUGAGUCCUAUGCAGCUCCUUCCUGAUCAGCCACCCCAACAUACGUCCCCUCCUCCCACAUGUCCUCGGUCAUUCUCUUCUCCUUCAAGCUUUCGUGUCCCAGCUCCAUACUGGGAGCCUCAUCUUUCAGCUGAUCAGCAACCACCUGUUCCCAAUUUUGACCUUCUGCCUCCUUCAUAUGCUGAUUUUAUUGGAGGCCCCCAUCACCAAGGCGAGUUUAUCGGCUUUGAGGAACAGUUACAUCCUAUGAACCUCUUGGGGUCUGAUUUAUCUGGUAAUUACUUCUACCCGGAGGUGGCAUUGAGUGGAGAUUUGGGUUUCAGGACAAGCUUGAGAUCACCUCCUGCUUUACAAGAAUUCCCUGUCAAAGCUUGCCAUUAUUUUAACAAGGGUUAUUGUAAGCAUGGUAUGAACUGUAGGUUCUCCCAUGGUCAGAUCAUCCCUGAUGGAUUAUCCUAUAAUUAUAUUCCAAAUUUUAAUGAGUUGGGUAAUGAAGACCAAGCUUUUCUGCCUGGGUCGCUGGAGAGGUUAGAAAUGGAGCUCAUAGAGAUCUUGAAAUCAAGGAGAGGGAUGCCUAUUUCUAUAGCCGCAUUACCCAUGUUGUAUCUUGAGAGAUACGGGAAGGUGCUUCAGGCUGAGGGGUACCUUACUGAGAGCCAGCGUCAUGGGAAGGCUGGUUUCAGCUUGACAAAGUUGCUUGCCCGACUAAAAAGCAUUCAGCUUAUAGAUAGACCACAUGGGCAGCAUGCGGUGGUACUAGCAGAAGAAGCUGCAAAGUACAUGGAGUACAGGAAUGAGAGAAGUGAUCAGGGAGCAUCACUUGCCAGCUCUCAUCAAAUUUAUCUUACUUUCCCAGCUGAAAGCAAAUUCACAGAGGAAGAUGUUGUCAACUACUUCAGGCAGUAUGGUCCCGUUCGUGAUGUGAGAAUUCCGCGACAAGAGAAACGAAUGUUUGGGUUUGUGAGCUUUCACUAUCCGGAAACUGUAAAACUUAUUUUAGCAAAGGGAAGUCCUCAUUACAUUGGUGGCUUCCGUGUUUUGGUUAAGCCUUAUAAGGAAAAACCAAAGCCCGCUGACAGAAAGUAUGCUGAAAAGAUGGAGCUUCCAGCAUAUUAUCCUUAUCAAUAUCUUGAAAUGGAUCUGGGUACAAAUGCAGUGCCAAGAUUAUGUGAUGGUUCUGGACCUUUAAAAAAGCAACUAAUUGAAGAGCAUGAAUAUGCAAUUGAACUUGAGAGAAGACGCCUCCUUGAGCUGCAGCUAACCCCUAAGCAACCGAUGCUACAUCCGGACACUGGUAAUAGGAUGGAUGAACUAAACAUUCCAGAAGUUCAUAUCAGUAAUAUGCCGGUUGUUCUAAAUAAUGGCUCUACAAGUGAUGGCACAGCUACACAGACGAGCAACAACUACAGUGAGCAAGAUAAUGGUCAUAUCGAACUUCCAGAUAGUCCUUUUUCAUCACCUUGGCUAGGAAGCAGCAUUUCCACAGCUAUAUAGAGAAAGAACCGCAGAGGGCAGAGGACAGUUAGAGGCAGAAUGCUGUGUACCAGUCUGCUACAAAUUGAUACAGAAGUUUUCUUUUUUCGCAGCAGUAGAAGCUUCCUCCACUUUAUGCUUGUGAAGAAGGCGGCAAAGACAAUACAAAAGAUACAAGAAUUGUCAUAUACUCAUCCCUGUAAAUCACAGAAGCAAAGUCUUGAUACUUAGGAGAAAUGUAAACUAGCGAACUCUAUUGGAAUAGAGUAAUCAGUGAGCAUAAAUAGUUCAGGGAUCAGACUGAAGUUGUUGAAUCACUUCUACAUAUAGCGGAUAAAUUACACCAAAGAAGUAGAAUAUCCUAGUAUAGUUCUAUCUGUAAGCAAAGAUAUUUUCAUAUUUUGUUAAAUAAAUCAAAUGUCGAGUAAGGUUUGAUUUUGUU